AGCAAAAUGAGAGAAUCUUUAUCACUCCUGGUGUAUCCAACGUGGGACGAAAGAACGUAUGUUUAAAAAGAAAGCAAAGUCCGGGAGGGUGAAAAACAAGCGGUGGAAACGGUCAGAAGUGCGAGGUGAAUUAGCUUCCCAGUUCCUUUAACCGCGCGCAGGGUCAGUAAAGAGAGAGAGAGAGAGAGAGUAAACGAACGAACGAACGCGCGCGAGAGAGAGAGAGAGAGAGAGAGAGAGUAAACGAACGCGAGCCGCAAAGUUCACAACAGUCGGACGUAUUUACUGGAACCUUUCGCUUCAAAAGUGCUUUAUCGCAAUCCACUCGAGUGAUCCAAACUCCUGCAUUCGCAGUUGGAAAACUUUAUAUCAAGUCCGCGAAGAAGCGAGAGCCUCAAACUUUUUUUAAAGAGUGCGGUUUUUCCUGAGGAAAAGUUUCUUCAAAGCGCCGACGAUCGCAGAUUUUCUUUCAACACACUCGUAUGGAGUUAAUGGACAUGAUCUACUAUGGUUUUACUUUUCAGAAUAACGAAUCACUUGGGAUCAAAACAUUAUAAGAACUUCAGAAACAUCGACGAUUUAAAGUCCUCAAACUACAUUUGAUCCAGUCGAUCUCUCUUGCCAAAACAAAGCGCCUGUCUAUCUCUCAUCCAGACUCGCUUUUCAACCUUUUAAGGACAACUGCAUUUAGUUUUGGCUUCUGGACAAGUUUCUUGUAUUGCCUCGUCGUGAUUCACCUUUGAUUUACUUGCGUGGUGCAGCGGGGGAGAUACAAUUUUACUGUGGACCGUUUUCAAGUCCAGGACUGAUGUAUUGUCCCAGAACAACCCGGUGUAAUUUCACAUUACCGCUGGGUAAACAAACAACUUAAUGAAGGCGAAUUACUCGGGCUCUGGGAAACUCAAUAAGCUCGAGCUGUCCGUUUGUGGAUGAGAGACAGACCAGUCGUUAAGCGCUGAGACAACUGGAUACAAAAUGGCGGCGUGGCUGGGACAGAUGGGAUCACUUUCAUAUCGUGUGUUUUAUUGGUUUUUGACGCUGGAACUGAUCAUCAAUUACGGCGCACCGUGUCCUCAAAACUGUACGUGUACGCUUGAUGCGUCCGACUGCCGUCAUUUAGACAUUACUGAUGUCCCUCAAGACUUGCCUAAGAGCACUGGCCAUCUAAAUCUGAGCCACAACAAGCUGGCGGCAGUCGAUAUGGACAUCCUCUCCAAUCUGCCUAACCUGAAAGAAGUGAGGCUUGACCACAAUGAACUGACAUCCAUCCCUUCAUUUGGAGACGCAGCAGCAAUAGUCGUUACACUCUUCUUGCACCAUAAUAAAAUUCGCAGACUGGAUGGGAAGCUGCUGCAGAACUUCACUGCUCUGGAGACUCUAGAUCUGAGUAAUAAUGACAUCACGGAGCUGAGGGAGCACUGCUUCCCUCCGGGGUUACAAAUCAAGGACCUGCACCUGAGCAGUAAUAAGAUUGUUCAUCUGGAGUUCGGGGCGUUUAAGAAUCUUGCCGGGAGUCUGCAGAUCCUCAAACUGAACCGGAACCGACUGACCCACCUUCCUGUUAAAGGCCUGGAGCUGCCCAAGCUCACACAACUGGAGCUGAGCAGGAACAAGUUGCGGUUGAUUGAGGGACUCACCUUCCAAGGUUUGAGCAGUUUAGAAGUUCUCAAGCUUCAGAGAAACAACAUCAGCAAGUUGACGGAUGGGGCGUUCUGGGGUCUGGCCCGGAUGAGGGUUCUGCACCUGGACUAUAACAGCCUGCAGGAGGUGAACAGCGGCUCUCUGUACGGUCUGGAGUCGCUCCUGCAGCUCUAUCUCUCCAACAACUCCAUCUCUAGCUUUAACCCUGAGGGCUGGGGCUUCUGUGAGAGACUCCGAGAACUGAACUUGUCCUAUAAUAACCUGACUAAGCUGUCUGAGGGUGGCUUUGCCAAACUGGUGAACCUGAUCUCGCUGCGUUUGGGACACAACUCCAUCAGUCACAUAACGGAGGGAGCGUUUAGAGGCCUUAGUUCCCUACGGGCGCUGGAGUUGGACCACAAUGACAUCUCUGGCACUAUAGAGGACACCAAUGGGGCCUUCACUGGCCUGGAAAACCUCCACAAGCUAACUCUGUUUGGAAACAAGAUCAAGUCGGUGGCCAAGAAAGCCUUCUCGGGCCUGGAGGCUCUGGAGCACCUUAACUUUGGGGAAAAUGCCAUCCGCUCCAUCCAACCCGAGGCAUUUAGUAAGAUGAAGAACCUGCGUUACCUUCAUAUUCAGAGUGAUAGUUUUCUGUGCGACUGCCAGCUGCAUUGGUUUCCCGAGUGGCUGGUAACACGAGGGCUGAAGCCUGGCGUUCAGGCCACAUGUGCCCACCCAGAGAGCCUAAAGGGCACCAGCGUCUACCAGGCCCCACCACAGAGCUUUGUUUGUGAUGACCUUCCCAAACCCCAGAUCACCGUCCACCCUGUCACCACGGCAGCAGUAUUGGGCAAAGAUGUGCGUCUGACCUGUACGGCCGCCAGCAGCAGCAGCUCGCCCAUGACCUUCACCUGGCUCAAGGACCAGGAGACGCUACGUCAAGCCGAGGUGGAGAAUUUCGCCCACGUACGGGCCAGUGACAGAGGUGUAAUGGAGUACACCACUAUCCUCCACCUCCGGCACGUCACCUUCAACCAUGAGGGCCGCUACCAGUGCAUCAUCAGCAAUCACUUUGGCUCCUCCUACUCUAACAAGGCCCGCGUCACUGUAAACGUGCUGCCUUCAUUUGUCAAGACCCCACGCGACAUCACGAUCCGCACGGGCACGAAGGCGCGGUUAGAGUGUGCGGCUGAAGGACAUCCGACUCCCCAAGUGGCGUGGCAGAAAGAUGGCGGUACAGAUUUCCCUGCCGCCCGAGAGCGCCGCAUGCGUGUGAUGCCCGAUGACGAUGUCUUCUUCAUCAUGGACGUAAAGCCUGAGGAUAUGGGGGUGUACAGCUGCACGGCAAAAAACACGGCGGGCAUGAUCUCUGCAAAUGUCACUCUAACAGUGCUAGGUACGUCCAUUUAAAUAUUUACUUUAUAUAAAUACAUUAUAUAAAGACUUUUUUUGUCCCAUUAAUGAAUUCAGAUUUUGUUUACUAAGCUGUUGGAGUUCUGCUAACCCCUGCUUAGUUCUACGUAAGAAUGUUUUUUCUUCCCCCAUCUGAAGCAGCUGGGCUUUAUGUGCGGGCUUGAAGGUGAAAGGUCAGGAAAGAGGUCACGGGGUAGAGGAAGUGCUGAAGGCUCACAUAGUGGUAUUUUUGAGUGUUUCUGAACUCUCAAUUGAGUAAUUGCUAGGCAGAAAUAGUCAAAUACUUAUUUUGUGGACAUGAUGUGGUAUAGUCUGCCUAAAGUGGGCUUUGUUUUUGAUUCACUAAAAAGAAUAGGCUCAAGGGGUCAGACUAAAUACUGAACCAGACUACAUACUGGUCGCACUGGAAAAGAACCCGUUUAUAAGAGUCAUUCAUUCAGAAAUAAGACUACAAUGGUCCCACUGUAUGUUUUUGAUUCACUAAAAC